AUGACACACAUGGGCAACAUGUCGGGUCAGCCCCAAUCCGGACCUACAAUGAAUUUGCCUUUCACACCCUCGAAACAAGGCAUGUCCGCUCUGGAGACUCUUGCUGAAGUCUCACGACAGCAUCUCGAUCUAUCUGGAAAGCGCAUCCCCGGUAGAAAGACACCGCCGCCCCCGCAAUCUAUCCCGCAGCACAACAACCCAAAUAAUCAUGGAGGAUUACUGGAUGAAUUCUUGAUACAUGAUGAUAGGCCGGACGGAUUGGAUUCGGGAACUGGAUCACAAGGCCUCGAUAUGACGAGUGCCCCAGCACUGCCAUCGAUAUACCAGUUCAAUGGACCCCUGCAGCAUUCUCCGACAAAUUCGCCUCAUCUUGGUCAUAUGUCUUUACCCAGCUCCACUCCAGUGGCUCAAAUGGUACCUUCUUUAGUUAUGGCAGCCUCCCAAGCCAAUGAAUUAUCAAAUUUGAUGCCCAUGACGAAUGGGUUGCCGAUGGAGCCAGAGUUGCACCUGGGCAACGGUGGUAUAUCAGACAAAUUCUUCCAUCAUCAGGGACGCCCACAAUGGCCGAACAUGCCAACCAACACGAUCGACCCUCUAUUACAGGAUCAUAGCAGGGAUGCAAACUUUCCAAAAGAUGAUCCCUUAAACAAACCUAUAUCUCACCAGCGCCCCAUUGCCAUGAACCCCAAUGGCACGCAGGCACACUUUACCACCGACUUCAGCAUGAAUCAGAAGCCCUCCAAACCAAAAGUUCGAGGGCGUUUUUCGGACUCAAGGCGUAAAGAAGUGCAAGAAAAACCUUGCUCUGGAGGGAGCCCUUGCAGUACCUGUCAAAACGUCGAAAGUGCGCGAUUGUGGAAACAGCCCUGUAUCCGAACACGAAUAUCUGAAGAAUUCAAUCUAUACUCUGCAGGACUCAAUGGUGUACUCGCUUUCCACGCCAUCAACGAAGCCAAAAAUCAACAGCUUCGUCUGAAUCAAAUACCAGGUCGAAUAGAGGCGGCGCAUCAUCCAGAGUCUGGCGUUUUCGCAACUUUCACUACUAUGGAAAGCCAUGAUCAAAUAGCAGGCUCAGAUAUUGAUCCUGCGCUGAUGGGUGCACUGGCCCCGACUGGCCUCAAAAUCAUCGACGGCGAUGAUGAUAUUGGUGGAAAGAUAGAUCUUUACAUGAAGAAAGUCAGCACCUACUUUUUCGAUUCAGAAGACUCUGCUUUCAUGAAGACGACCAUGCGGGCAGCUCUGAGCGUUGCUUCACCAAACCCCGACGGACUGCUCACCAAAGUUCUGGAGCUGUGGAAUCUGACCCGGAUGCUCACUUCGCCAAAAGUUACCUGGCACCUAUUCUUCAACCCUUCCUAUGCGCCUACAAUCGCGCCUUCGACAAUGUCCGCCUCAGAACUUGAAGACAGCGCACGGGUUCCGAUCACAUCUAUCAACAGCCCUCAUUCGUAUGACCUAAUUAAGAUACAGCUUGAAGGUGCAGCAGAGAAAAGAGCUGGUUCUCUCGCUAGGGUGGUCAUGAAUGACCUUGAGCGUCGCCUGCUGCAACGACAGCAAGGCAAUCCUUUCGAGACUUUCCUUGUGGCAGUUAUCUUACUCUCAUGCGUAGAGCGCAUGUGCUGGCUCUUCCGAACCUGGGAGGGGACUCCUAGUUCACUCGCCCAAAAUGAAUCCGAUCCUAAGUCUCCUCACAACUCUCUGGACCCUCCCAAUGUGCUACCAUAUUCGUCCGACGACACCCUAGCUGCAGCCCUUCAAUCCUCAACGCAGGCCUCGACAAAUCCCCAAGACUUGGACCACAUUAUACCUGCAAAUCUCGACCUCCCAACUCGCAAUCCCAAAUGGCCAUUCGACAAACCACCUGCUUACUAUUCCCAACAAGGUGAACGCUUCUCUGACAUUCUCAACAUGCUUCUUAAAAUGCGCGGCGUGCCUCCGAAGUCGAGCGUUGGAGAUGAUGGAGUUCUCACUGCGGUUGGCGACGAUGUCGAUGCGAGAAUUAAGGAGUGGUACGAAGGUAUCAAUCUUAGUGUCGACAAACUGGCCGAGCGAAGAAAUGCGAUUUUUGAAGGCAAAGAUCCCAGCGAAUGGGAGCUCAAAUACACCAACAAAAUCAUCGGCGGGAAUUGA